GAGAUAAACAGUUUGGUCCAAAUAACGACUAAAGAAGUUUGCAGAAGAACGUGUUUCUUUUGAAUCCAGUUGAUUUUUUCAGUUUCAUGAACGACACUGGACAGUUGUGGUAAAAUUGACCAACCUACCCAUUUCACAGCCAUUGCGAUAUUUCCUCUAGACGUGAAAGGAGGCGCAUAUACACAGGUUACGCACAUUGAAUAUCUUUGUGUUGCUUGGUGUGUCACAAAUAUUGUUGUGACAGGCGACUGCGGCAGAGUGAGUAAGCAACAGUGGUCAUCUCAUCACAAAAAGUAGUAGUAUUAAGGUUCUUUCUGGUCAAAUUAUUUUAUUUUUAAAAACGAACGAUGUCGAAGUCCUGUUGUGUAUACUGCACCGGAGUGCUUUGUAUACUUCUUUUAAUUGCGGGGAUAUCCAUGGAGUUGUUGCAGAUCUUUCCAAAUACCGUGUACAAUAGGAUUAAAUCGGAGGUGGUGUUAAAGAAGGGCACAGAUGCAUUUGCCGCCUGGGAGAACCCGCCUCCGCCCGUUUAUAUGCAAUUUUACAUGUUUAAUUUGACCAAUCCCAUAGAGGUUUUGGCUGGGAAUAAACCUGCUGUGGUCGAAUUGGGACCUUAUACCUAUAGGGAAUACCGCCCAAUGCUAAAUGUGACUUUCUUGGAGAAUGGCACCAAAGUGGAAGCAGUCAAUCCUAAGACUUAUGUGUUUGAGGCCAGCAUGUCCAGAGGAGCAGAGACGGAUCUCAUCAGAACCGUCAAUAUUCCAGCAAUGACGGUGAUGGAGAAGGUGAAGGACACCAUCAUCAGCGGUCUAAUCGCAAACUACAUGAAAGGGGAGGGCAUUGGCCUUUUCACCACGGUCUCGGUGGGGGACCUGCUCUGGGGGUACGAGGACAAGCUCCUGGAGGCCGCGAAAGCCUUUGACCCCACACUUGACAGUGUGUUUGGACUCUUCUAUAAGAUGAACGCGACAGACGAUGGUGACUAUGUGUUCUACAGUGGGUCUCAGAAUUACCAAGACUUUUCCAGAGUGGCUUUGUGGAAAGGCCAAAGUUCCCUGGACUGGUGGACCUCUGAUGAAUGCAAUAUGAUCAAUGGAACCAACGGCGCCUCCUUCCACCCCCUUAUCAACAAGAACGAGACCCUCUCCAUGUUCUCCUCAGAUCUCUGCAGGUCCCUGUAUGCUGUCUUUGAGAAGGAGUUGUGGGUGAAGAACCUGCCAGCCUACCGUUUUGUGCCGCCAAGUGAGGUCUUUGCCAAUCUGACCAUUAAUCCAGGCAAUGCAGGUUUCUGUGUCCCUGCCGGGAACUGCUUAGGGUCUGGCCUUCUCAACGUCAGUCCCUGCAAGCAGGGUGCCCCAAUUAUCAUGUCCUCACCGCAUUUCUAUCAGGCCGAUGAGAAGUUUGUGGAGGACGUCAUCGGCAUGAAACCCAAGAAGGAAUACCAUGAGACUGCUAUCGACUUAAACCCGCUCACAGGUAUCGUGCUGCGCGCCGCCAAGAGAAUGCAGGUGAAUGUGAUGGUAGAGAAGAUCGAUGGCUUCAGUCAGACGGGUAAUGUCAGCACCCUGGUGUUCCCUGUGAUGUAUCUCAAUGAAAGUGUCGUCAUCGAUGACGCUUCGGCUAAGAAGCUCCGGAGCGUUGUGAUCGUGAGCAACGUGGUGAUCAACAUCCCCUUCAUGGUCGUGGGCCUGGGAAUCCUCUUGGGGAUUGUCUUCAUGGUCCUCAUGUGCAGGAAGAAUACCCCAGAGAGCUCCCCUGCAGAGCGCCAGGCCCUGCUGAAGCCCUAGCCAGAGAGAGCAAGUGGGCCCCUGGACUGACCU